GCGAGGCCCUUUGUGGACUUCACGGCCGCCAACAUCUGGGCGCAGCGCGGGCCACCGCUGGCCGCCGCGCCUCCGCCUCGCCUUGGGGACCGUAGGAGGCGCAGCCCUAAGGCCGGAGACUUCGUUUUGGGACCAGCCCCCGGGGAUGCGGUAGCGGCCGCUGUGCGGAGGCCGCCGAGCAGCUGCAGCCGCCGCCGCGCAGAUCCACGCUGGCUCCGUGCGCCAUGGUCACCCACAGCAAGUUUCCCGCCGCCGGGAUGAGCCGCCCCCUGGACACCAGCCUGCGCCUCAAGACCUUCAGCUCCAAGAGCGAGUACCAGCUGGUGGUGAACGCAGUGCGCAAGCUGCAGGAGAGCGGCUUCUACUGGAGCGCCGUGACGGGCGGCGAGGCGAACCUGCUGCUCAGCGCCGAGCCCGCCGGCACCUUCCUCAUCCGCGACAGCUCGGACCAGCGCCACUUCUUCACGCUCAGCGUCAAGACCCAGUCGGGGACCAAGAAUCUGCGCAUCCAGUGCGAGGGGGGCAGCUUCUCGCUGCAGAGCGACCCCCGGAGCACGCAGCCGGUGCCCCGCUUCGACUGCGUGCUCAAGCUGGUGCAUCACUACAUGCCGCCCCCCGGCGCCCCCUCCUUCCCCUCUCCGCCGACCGAACCCUCCUCGGAGGUGCCGGAGCAGCCGCCAUCCCAGCCGCUCCCAGGGAAUCCUCCCAGGAGAGCCUAUUACAUCUACUCGGGGGGCGAGAAGAUCCCUCUAGUGUUGAGCCGGCCCCUCUCCUCCAACGUGGCCACUCUCCAACAUCUCUGUCGGAAGACCGUCAAUGGCCACCUGGACUCCUAUGAGAAAGUCACCCAGCUGCCUGGGCCCAUUCGGGAAUUCCUGGACCAGUACGAUGCCCCGCUUUAAAGAGCAAAGGACAGGGGUCGGGGCGAGGAGCCUGGGUCCCCUCUCCUCCGUGGCACAAGCACAAGAAUCCAACCGGGAGAGUCCUGCCGCUCCGGGUGAGCCAGGGGGGUGGACUGGCCCCUCCCUUCGGCCUUCCCCCCUGCAGAAUGGGGCAGGCGGGACCUGGAAUGUGUUUGAGGGAAGGGGGAGUGCCACCUGAGCGCCCCGCCCCCACUCCGGCUUCUCCGGAGGAGCCAGCUGGCCGGGUGGGGACAGCGACGACAGCAGUGGAUUCUCUUCUCAACUCUUCCUCGCUUCCUCGACUCCCCCUGCAUUUCCAAACAGGGGACACUGCGGGAGUGUUGAACUAGUGAGAACUGCCGGGGAGUCUUCAAACUUUCCAACGGAACUUGUUUGCUCUUUGAUUUGGCUUAAAAGGUAGCUUUAAACGCGAGCAGGUCUCUGGCCUGGAAGAGGGUGCGGGAGAGGGCGCCCCAGGGGCCUCAGGGCCACAGGCUGGCCACGGCGAUGGCCACUCCCACUGUCCACCCCAGGUGAGGAGGCAGCUGCGUGGUCCUCCUCUGGCUCUGGGGGAUGAGCGCAAGGGGUGACCGGAAGGGGGCUAUUCUGUUAUCCUCUCUAGGACAGCCACCAGAAACACAGGUCCCGGAGUCCAUCCAGUGCCGGGGAGCCCAGGGCCCUUCCCCCGUUUUAAGGGGGAAGUGGCAUUUGGAGGGGAAGGGGUGGGCUGGUCAACUAUUCUUUUCCCCACCCCUGCUCCCCCUUCUGGCACCUGGGGGGUGGGAGGAGGAUGGAGGAGAUGAGCCAUCUUUGACCCCAGGUCCCCGGACAGAGAAGAUGAAGGAUUCUACUUUGUGCGUCCU